AUGGCGGACCUGAACCGGCAGCUGCAGCAGUACCUGGCCCAGUCCAAAGGCGGCGGCGGCGCGAAGACCAUCUCGCAGUCCAGCUCCAGCACCACGGUGGACCUGGACGAGCCGCAGCCGGCACCCGGCAGCUGGUUCGGGCGGUGGUCCAGCCCGUGGUCCGGACAGAGCUCCAGCACAAACAGCGGCUUCUCUUGGCCGUGGUCGGCCGAGCCGGACCCCUGCCUGCCGGGCAUGAGCCGCCGGCAGCGGCUCGUGGCCUUCGGGGUGAGCGCGUCGUUCUCGGCGCUGUGCUUCGGGCUGUCGGCUCUGUACGCGCCGCUGCUGCUGCUCUACGCCCGGAAGUUCGCGUUGCUGUGGUCGCUCGGCUCGUUGUUCGCCAUCGCGGCCGCGGCGGUUCUGCGCGGCCCGAGCAGACUCGUCUCCGGGCUGCCCACGUCCCCCGGAGCCGCCGUGUACCUGUGCGCCCUCGGGGGGACCCUGUACGCGGCGCUGAGCCUCCACAGCACCGUGCUGACCGCGCUGGGCGCCGCCCUGCAGGUCGCGGUGAUCGUCGGCUACGUGGUGUCGCUUCUGCCCGGCGGCAGCGCGGGGAUCCGCUUCAUGGGAGGGAUGGCGGCCUCGGCCCUCAGGAGGACCGUCACCGGGAAGACCAUGCCCAUCUGACCGGACACCGAGGGACUGGGGGGGUCAGAGGGACCGGGUCAGAGGGUCUGGGGGGGGCAGAGGGACCAAGUCAGAGGGACUUGGGGGGUCAGAGGGACCGGGGGGAACAUUCCAGGACAUAAACAGGCUUAUUGAUUAUUGACUUGUCAGCCUGGUGUUUUUUUUAAAGUUGACCUUUGACCUGAUGAACUCACAGUGAACAAACUGAAUGUUGACCCGAGGUCACCUGUGACGUCAGCUGCUGAUUGGUGGAGGCUCUGAUGAUGGACAGCAGCUCAGAUCAGUUAUUGAGCGGGCCUCCCGUCAGUUGUGAUAUUAAUAAAACUGAAUUGUUCCAUA